AUGGCUCUGUACACCAGAGACCAGCUCACGGGCGUGGGUGUGCCUAUUGAGCAGGCCACUGUUCAUGCUGACGGUCUUGUUGCUGCGAUGGACAACGUGAAGGACGCCAGGUUGGGCAAGCUGGACGCCAAGCUGGACAAGUUGGACGCCAAGCUGGACGCCAAGCUGGACAACCUGGACACCAAGCGGGACGCCAAGCUUGACAAGCUGGACGCCAAGAUGGACAAGCUGGCUCUAGAGCUCGCGAAGACCAGCCUCAAUGGGCGGUGGCUCGUGGCGUUGCUACUCAUCGUCCAGCUUGUCCAGCUUGGCGUCCAGCUUGUCCAGGACCAGCAGGUACUGGAGCUCACAAAGACCAGCCUCAAUGGGCGGUGGCUCGUGGCGUUGCUAGUGUCCACGAUGCUGAUGAGCACAGAUGUUGGCAAGAGAGUCCUUGCCAAGUUGUUGUCGUCCUAG